AUGGCAGACUAUUCUUCCCUUACUGUCGUUCAAUUAAAAGAUUUACUGACCAAGAGAAAUCUAUCUGUAGGCGGGUUGAAGAAUGAACUGGUCCACAGACUGAUAAAGGAUGAUGAAGAAUCAAAGGGCGAGAGUGAAGAGCCCCCUCAGGAGCAAAAGCAAGCACAGGAGUCAGAAUCUGCAACUAUGGAAGAACCAACCUCCCAGGAUAAUACUGAAAAGGAAGUUCCAAGUGAACCUAAGGAAACAGCCGUUCCAAAGGAGGAAGAUAAGGACGUCCAAAAGCCCUCCGAUGGAGAUUCUACUACUGUUUCAGAAACUAAGCAAGCUGCUGCUGCUGCUUCCGCUUUAUCACAAGAAGAAAUUAAGGCCAAGGCGUUGGAUCUUUUAACUAAGAAAUUGCAUCGUGCCAACAAAUUUGGCCAAGAUCAAGCGGAUAUCGACUCCCUACAGAGACAAAUAAACCGUGUGGAGAAAUUUGGUGUUGACUUGAAUAGUAAGCUGGCCGAAGAACUAGGUCUUGUCAGUAGGAAAAAGGAACCUGAAAGUAGCAAUGCCGGUAAACUGAAAAAUAGAAACAAAAGUGUAAACAGCCGUUCCAGAGUCAGUAAAAACAGAAGAGGUAAUAACCGCUCUGGUUACAGAAGAUGA